GUAAUGUUCAGUGCCGCGAGGGAACCUGAGGCUGCCCCGAACACUGUGACCUGGACCAGCACCUGUGCAGGGUGCUUGCAGCGUUGGGUGCGAUGCCCCUGAGCGAACUCACAGAUGACAGGUAAAGCAAUUGGAUGGAAAAGAUACUGGAAAACACGGACAAGUCAUUUUUAUUAAGACAGUAGCAGAAUCUCCAUUUGUUGAUGUCCACAGAUAGCGAGUCUUAUCUGGAAAAUAUGUGCUAGUCUGCAGACAAGCUACUGGAUUCAGUAUAAGGGUAACCAGAUUAAAUUUGCAUUGUUUGAAAAGCGAGGAGAUUUUUCACCGUAGUUCAAAAAAAGAUACAGAAGAAGAGAGCAGAAUGAGAGCUUCCCAAGUACCACAUGCCUGCAGCUUGUUAUCUUUAGCAAUGCUGUUCCUUCCAGUCGCUGGAACGUCAAAACAAAAUAUCCCAAGACUUAAGCUUUCCUAUAAAGACUUACUGCUUUCAAACAGCUGCAUCCCAUUCCUGGGCUCAACAGAGGGGCUUGAUUUUCGAACCCUGCUGCUAGAUGAGGAGAGAGGCCGGCUGCUAAUCGGGGCUAAAGACCACAUCUUCCUGCUCAACUUGGUUGAUUUAAACAAAAAUGUAAAAAAGAUUUAUUGGCCUGCAGCAAAAGAAAAGGUGGAAUUGUGCAAACUAGCUGGGAAAGAUGCCCAUACAGAGUGUGCCAAUUUUAUCAGGGUUCUUCAGCCCUACAACCGAACUCAUGUGUAUGCCUGUGGCACAGGAGCAUUUCACCCUCUUUGCGGUUACAUUGAACUUGGAACUCACAAAGAGGACAUAAUAUUCAGACUGGAUGCUCAGAACCUGGAGUCUGGCAGGAUGAAAUGUCCUUUCGAUCCUCAGCAGCCGUUUGCUUCAGUGAUGGCAGAUGAGUAUCUUUAUGCUGGAACAGCUUCUGAUUUCCUUGGCAAAGAUACUGCUCUGACACGUUCUCUGGGCCCUUCUCACGACCACCAUUACAUCAGAACUGACAUUUCUGAACAUUACUGGCUUACUGGAGCAAAAUUCGUCGGAACUUUUCCCAUCCCGGACACCUAUAACCCCGAUGAUGACAAAAUCUACUUCUUUUUCCGAGAAAUAUCACAAGAUAGCGGGACAUCUGACAAGACAAUCCUUUCCCGAGUCGGGAGAGUUUGUAAGAAUGAUAUGGGAGGUCAACGGAGCCUAAUAAACAAGUGGACUACUUUUCUGAAAGCUAGGCUUGUGUGCUCGAUACCUGGUCCUGAGGGAGCCGACACACAUUUUGAUGAAUUGCGAGAUAUAUUCUUACUUUCUACAAGAGAUGAGAGAAACCCUCUUGUAUAUGGAGUCUUCACUACAACAAGCUCUGUCUUCAAGGGCUCUGCGGUUUGUGUGUACAGCAUGGCAGACAUCAGAGCCGUUUUCAAUGGCCCUUAUGCUCAUAAAGAGAGUGCAGAUCAUCGCUGGGUACAGUACGAAGGUCGUAUCCCGUAUCCCAGACCUGGUACAUGUCCAAGCAAAACCUACGAUCCACUUAUAAAGUCUACCAGAGAUUUUCCUGAUGAAGUCAUCAGCUUUAUAAAACGCCAUCCGUUGAUGUACAAAUCAGUUUACCCAGUGACAGGAGGACCAGUGUUUACUCGAAUCAAUGUGGACUAUCGGCUGACGCAGAUUGUGGUGGAUCACGUCAUGGCAGAAGAUGGGCAAUAUGAUGUUAUAUUCCUAGGAACAGACAUAGGCACAGUACUGAAAGUUGUAAGUAUCACAAAGGAGAAGUGGACUAAGGAGGAGGUGGUCCUGGAAGAGCUUCAGAUUUUCAAACACCCUUCGUUUAUCUCGACUAUGGAAAUUUCUCAGAAGCAGCAACAAUUGUACAUUGGUUCCAGGGAUGGAUUGGUUCAGCUCUCUCUGCACAGAUGUCAUACGUAUGGGAAGGCUUGUGCAGACUGCUGCCUUGCCAGAGACCCAUACUGUGCCUGGGAUGGAAACUCAUGUUCCAGAUAUGCCCCCACUUCUAAAAGGCGUGCCAGGAGGCAAGAUGUCAAAUAUGGAGACCCCGUUGCACAGUGCUGGGAUGUGGAAGACAGCAUUAGUCAUGAAACUGCUGAUGAAAAGGUGAUUUUUGGCAUUGAAUUUAAUUCAACUUUUCUGGAAUGUAUUCCUAAGUCCCAGCAAGCAUCUAUUAGGUGGUAUAUUCAACGCUCUGGAGAAGAACAUCGAGAAGAGCUAAAGGCUGACGAAAGGAUCAUCAAAACAGAGCAUGGGCUGCUGAUCCGCAGCUUGCAAAGGCGGGAUGCAGGAGCCUAUUACUGCAAAGCCCAGGAGCAUACCUUCGUCCACACCAUUGUGAAGCUGAAUUUAAACAUCAUCGAGAACGGACAAAUGGAAAGCACUCAGAAAACUGAGGAUGAGGAGGGCCGGGUGAGGGAUUUGCUCACUGAGUCGCGGCUGAGGUACAAGGAUUACAUCCAGCUGGUCAGCAGCCCCAGCUUCAGCCUGGACGAGUACUGUGAACAGAUGUGGCACCGCGAGAAGCGGCGGCAGCGGAACAAAGGUGGGGCCAAAUGGAAGCACGUGCAGGAGAUGAAGAAAAAGCGAAACCGACGGCACCAUGAGCCUGCCCGGCCGCCAUCUACGUAGUCUGGAAAUUCUAUUUAAAGAAAGGACAUUUUCCAUGAAAA